UUCACACUUUUUAUACAAUCCAAAUUCAAUCUAACUGGAUUCAAUCAGUUCGAGGAAUCACAUACAGUCAUACACCACAGCUUCAAUCUCAACCAACCAUGUCAACUUGUAAUGAGCUUUCACAGCCUCAUCAACCUCAUGUAGCUCUUCUCCCAAGUGCUGGUAUGGGCCAUCUCACACCCUUUCUUAGACUUGCUACAAAGCUUAUCCACCAUCAUUGCCGUGUCACUCUCAUCACCACUCACCCCACUGUGUCACUCACUGAGUCUCAAUUCAUUACCCGCUUCCUCUCAGCUUUCCCUCAAGUCACACAAUUGCAAUUCCAUCUCCUCCCUUUAGACCCUUCCACAGCCAAUUCCAAUGACCCUUUUUGGCUUCGUUUUGAAGCUAUUCGUCGCUCAGCUCACCUCCUCUCUCCUCUCCUCUCUUCACUUUCUCCACCUCUUCAUGCUCUCAUCUAUGAUGUAAGUUUGACUUCCUCUGUGAUUCCAGUCAUUGAAAGCUUACAUAUUUCUAACUAUAUUCUCUAUCCUUCAUCGGCAAGAAUGUUCUCUUUAUUUUCACACUUCCCAAAUUUUGCAUCCAAAGCUAUAGUUGGUGAUGUUCUUGAAGUGAUUCCAGGGCUUAAGCCAAUCCCCAGAUCGUCAAUCCCACCUUUGCUUCUUAUCCCAGAUAGUCUUUUUGCAAAAAUAAUCAAGGAAGACAGUCCUAAACUCCCAAAAUCAAACGGGGUUUUGAUCAAUACUUUUGAAGGACUAGAAUCAGAAGCACUAGAAGCAUUUAGUAAUAGAAAAUCAGUGAUUGAAGGGUUGCCACCUGUGUUAGCUGUUGGUCCUUUGGUGCCAUGUGAGUUUGAGAAGGGAGAGUGGGAUGAGCCAUUGAAGUGGCUCAAUGAACAAGAAGAUGGUUCAGUGGUGUAUGUUAGCUUUGGUAGUAGGACAGCUAUGUCUAGGGACCAAUUAAGAGAAGUAGGGCAUGGGCUACUUAAAAGUGAGUGUAGAUUUUUGUGGGUGGUGAAGGAUAAGCAAGUUGACAAGGAGGAUAAAGAGGGUUUGGAUGAAGUGGUAGGGCAUAAGCUUAUAGAGAAGAUGAAGGAGAAAGGGUUGGUGGUGAAGAAAUGGGUGGACCAAGGAGAGUUACUUGGUCACAAGGCUGUGGGAGGGUUUGUGAGCCAUUGUGGUUGGAAUUCGGUGACUGAGGCUGCAUGGCAUGGUGUACCAAUUUUAGCUUGGCCACAAGGUGGGGAUCAGAAGAUUAAUGCAGAGGUGGUGGAAAUGAGUGGGGUUGGGCUGUGGGAGAAGAGUUGGGGAUGGAGUGGUGAUGAUGAUCAAAUGGUGGUUAAGGGGGAAGAGAUUGGAAAGAGAAUUAGAGAGAUGAUGGGGAAGGAAUUUUUGAGAGUGCAAGCAGCUCACAUAAGAGAAGAGGCAAGGAAAGCAUUUGUUGUUGGUGGGAAUUGUGAGAGAAUGUUCAAGCAAUUGGUUGAAGAGUGGAAGUGAGCAAUAGGAGCAUUUGAGGGUUCAUGCAUAGCUUUGAGCUUUGAUUAUCAAAGAUCAGUUUUCUUCCGAUUGUAACAAUGUCUGCUGUUUCAACUGUUGCUGGGAAGUCCCAUUAAUCUGCCUUUCAUGUCAUUGCAAUUUAGUUUAGUUGGUUUUAAUUGAGUAUCUUGUUAUCUUCAAUAAUGGACAAUUAGUAGAGUUACAGCUA